AUGAACGUACAAUCGCAACGUUCGACGUUCUUUCAGGAUGGGAAGCGACAGAUCGAUUUCGUGUUAGUCUACUGUGAGCAGGAUAAUGAGAACUCGAAAAAGAACAAAGGCCUUUUUGAGAGCGACACGGAUGCCGAGGACGGGACGGAUGAUGAGACGAUUGGAGACCUCGAUACGACGAAACAAAGCCUAAUCAAUCCGCAAAUGAAAGAGAUAACUGUGUAUGAAGAUCCGCUUCUCCCUCAAGAUGGGGCAAAAAUGGUAAUUCCGGUGACGCCAACCCGCAAUACAACGGGGUCUCAAAGAACGCAGAGUACACAGGAACUUCACAAGUCAGAAGCAAAGCCGAAUAUCACGCGUUGGCUCAGUCUAAAAUCGCUGCAAAACGUGGAACGCCGAAAAAGUCGGGCCGCCCGAUACCGUGCACGUUUCGAGGCCAAGUUGCAAAGUAGUGGUUUGGAAAUUGAGCUUGUUCCGCCUGAUUCAACAACUCGACGAAGUUUCAUUUUAAUUCACUGUCCAACAGCUCUACUCGAAGUUUAUGGGGAACUUUUGAGAAUCAAAGUGCCCAUCAAGGGCUCUAUCAUUUCGGAACCCUUUCAAAGCGACACGAAUAUCAAAAAGCAAAGUUCAACCGAGGUCGUGCAGAAAAAGAAUUGGAUGGGGCGAAUUCCCGGGAAACUUUUUGAGAAAAGCUUCAAAGAAGAUUUACUCCAAGACAAAAAGAAGAAACGAUUUGAACCUUUUGUGAAAACUCAAAGAGAUCGCUUUGUCGAUGGCCCGAACCAUGAAGUCUUUACUGGAGCUGAUCGAGCGAGGAUUGUUUACUAUAUUCUAAGGGGUAUCCCAUUUGGAAGCGAGAAUAGUGAAAAGAUUGGCAUUGAACGAUUGUUGCGCGCUGGAGCUUACACAGCAGCAUAUCCACUUCAUCAGGCUCUGAGAGAGGGUUCCGAGUUGAAGAUGGUUGCGGAGAGCGAAAUGAAUCAACGAGAGCUGCUUGCUCGUCACUGGGCCUCGAUUCGAUCAUUACGAAUGCGACAACCUUUGGAUCUCAUUCGAGACUACUUUGGCGCAAAGACGGGCCUUUACUUUGCUUUCCUUGGCGUGUAUACUCGUUUGCUCACUCUCGCAAGCCUGCUCGGAAUUGUUUGGUUCUUUGCCGUUGCCAUAAUGUUUGUUAACGAUCAGUCGAUGGUUAAUGAUGUGUGCAAGGAUAAUACCACCAUUCUUUGUCCAAUUUGCGAUAGCUUCUGCGAUUUCCGUAAAAUGAGCGCGGGCUGUACGAUGGCCCAGUUUUCAUUUCUGUUCGAUCAAUGGGGUGUUCUCAUCGUUGGAAUUGGAAUCACUAUUUGGGCACAGUUAUUCCUUCAAAUCUGGAAGCGAGCUCAAACAAUGCUAGCUUAUCGCUGGGGCCUAACCGAUUCUUUUUAUCAAGAGCACACGAUUCGUCUCGAUUUCAAACUUCAUGUAAAAACGACUCGUCGAGAUCCUGUCACCGAUAUUAAGGAGCCUUAUCUAACAAAGAAAAAGAAAGCACUCAAUCUCGUUGUUAACAUUGUUGUGAUGAUCGUUGUGGCUGGAUUUAUUAUUGGUGCCUCGUUUCUUACAUUUUUCCUCCGACGCCAUAUUGAUGAGUUGAUUAUCAAAGUUACGAAAAAUAAGGCCUCGGAUACAUUUAACACGUUGUUCUCUUCGGCGAUUGUUGCCACAUUUCAUCUGGUGAUCAUUUUGGUGUUCAAUUUGAUUUAUCAUUUGCUGAUUUAUCGGUUAGUGGAGUGGGAAUGUCCUAGAACGCAGGGUGACUUCGAUAAUGCCUUCAUCAUCAAGAUCUUUGUGGCCGAAUUUUUCAACACGAACAGCUCGCUUUUCUUUGUCGCUUUCAUUCAACCAUUGUUCGCAAAACAUUCGGCAUUUUUCUCUUCAUCGUCUCGCGGGCUUGGGAUACGCGCGUGUUUUUCGAAUUGCUUUGUGGAGUUAUCAAUUCAGAUGGCCAUCAUCUUCGUCGGAAUCCAAUUGGUGAAAGCCGUUUUCGGGUCGAUCAUUCCUAUUUUGAUUAAACGAGGGAAAAUUUGUCUCUCGAGGAUCGGUAAAUGGGUGAAUAAACGGAAAGCUCGGAAGAGAGACGGAUAUGCGGAAUUGCCAGAAUCAAUCCCGCAACCCCAAUGGGAGAGUGACUUUUACCUGCUGAAAAACGAGCCUCAUUUUCUGUGCUACGAGUAUGCAGAGCUUGUAAUGCAAUUCUCGGUUUUGGUGCUCUUUGCUCCAGCUUUUCCAUUAGCCGCUUUGUUUGCGUUGAUGAACAAUUUGAUCGAGAUUCGAGCUGAUGCUUUCAAAUUUCUGCGACUAAAGCAAAGACCUGUACCAGAUGAAGUGGAUUCAAUUGGCAUUUGGACUCCAAUCAUUGCCGGAAUAGUGAAAUUAUCCGUUUACGUUAAUGCACUACUCAUUGCUUUCACUUCAGAGUUUGUCCCUGCAAUGAAAUGGCGUUUCAGAAAUGGGUCUCUUCAUGGAUAUUCAAAUCAUUCGCACUCGGUUUACAACACGAAAUAUCUCAACAUCUCUUCUUAUGUCAUUACAAAGUCGGACUUCUUUGAUCGCAAAACACAUAAGAUGAUUCCACAGUCCUGUCGUUAUUAUGGUUUCUACACGCCACAAUGUAUCAAUAAUGAAUCUACACUCGUGAAAUUUGAUUGGUUAAAUCAGCCAGAAAAAUGUGUGAAAGAAGGAAUUGAAUUCUCGGAUGAAUGGUAUUACAACUUCUCUUUGCGACUCUGCUUUGCGAUUGCUUUUGUCUUUAUGCUCAACACGAUACGAGCGUUGAUUUGUAAACUACUCCCCGAUGUACCACAAACAAUUGCUGAUCGAAUGGCCAAGGAUAAAUACUACGCCCGAAAGAAACUUCUACUUUCGCAUGACCCACAGAAGAAAAAGGAGCAGAUUAGCCAACUCGAGCGGGAAGUACGAGAAAUGCAACCACAGACAGCGAUGACAGAGACUCCUUCUACACCUCAAAAGAAUGAAAAGGCGACAGGCGAGAUUGAAUUCGUCACCCCU